AUGCUGAAGAACCCGAAAAUUGUGAAGAUUCCACCCGCAACAGCGAAGAGCCCGCGGCCCAAGAGAGCCGCGGCCAAGAGCUUCGACGUGGCCCAAGUGUGCAGUGUGGACCUGGAGAGCGAUGGCGGCGUUCGGCUGCCGCCGCUGACGCUCGAGAGUCGCAUCCAGCCGGAGGACGUGGCCGAUGCACGCUUUCGGCUGGUGGAGGCGCGGUCCAAGCCGGUGAUGCUCAGCGAUCGGCAGUUCGACGUGCACAUGAAGAGACUCGUGAAGGUCUUCAUGUCCGAGGUGUCCAUUACCAGAGACAUGCGCGAAAUCACCUCGAAGCGGUCGCUGCAGCCAGCCGACCGGCAGCUCCUGCAGGAUCUGGAGAUACUCAAAGGGAAACUGAGGCAGGAGCGCUGCAGCCUGGUGGUGACACUCAGCAAGGACAGCAGACACAGAUGCCAGCAAAGUGCUGCCACGGAUAUCGCACCAAAAGCCAGCAACCAGAGCCAAGUCCGCGAUGAGAAGCCCCCCGAAUCCGCUGAUGAACCGAAACCAUCCACUGGCAGAAUGUCUAAGAUCUUCAAGCGAAAGCGAGGAGGAGCUCAGCCCAAAGUCGCUUGCAAUCCGCCAAUCAUUUGCAGCAAUAUCGAAACACCCAAAGAGCUGUCGCAAAAGCUAAUGGAAAAGUUGGCCAAAGCCUGCGAGGGUCCUGCAGCACCCGACGAAACAACCAGGAAACUCAAGCAGAGAUUUGCCAUAACGACUGACAGCAACGAGGAUAACGAUGCUCCACAAAAUGCUGCCAAAACUGCUCCAACUAACGCUCCUGCCGCCGCUCCAGUUUCCCCUGCGACUGAGGCCACAUCUGAGGCACUCUCUAGAAAAUCCUCUGACAUAUUCUAUGACUUUCCCGUUGCCAUCUAUUGAGUGCCCGGACUCCCUUUACAUAUUGGUUACAGAGGCAGUUACACUGCAAAUGUUUUCCACCUUUGUAAUCAAAAUCGAUUGAGGAGAUUUUGUGAUUGAACUUCCAUGAAUGAAUAAAUUGUAGAUGUGCGUUCCU